CUUGUUUAAAAAAAUUUCUUUAUUGUUGAUUAAGAAAAUUAGCAACAUUACAAGUCAACUAAUUUUAACUUCAUCAAUCACCACCUUAUACCCUAAUUUCUUUUGACCUUUGCUUUGUUAUUAUUAUUAUUCUCUUUUCAACAUUUUUUCCAUUGACACUAAAGUCAUGGGGGUGUUGUCCUUAAGUCAUUCCUCAAGUUUACUUACUAAACUCAUUGGAAUUCCUGAAAACAAUGAUUAUUGGCACCCUACAAAGAAAAUGACAACAACAAAUGUUGUGUUUUGUCAAGGUGGUGGAAAAAGAUCAUCAUCAUCAUUGGUUAGUGCAGAACAUGGUGCAACAACAACUUUAAUGGAUGCUGGAAGCUUGGUCUUGUCACAAAAUGGUAAAAGUCAGGCUGAUAUUGUGGUUAAAGAUUUGGUUCCUUAUGGUGGACCUACAUCUACUACAUUGAUAGGACUUGAAGAUGAUGGAAUUGGCAUUGUCAAAUUCUUAAGGGGGAAGAAGUUUUUUAUUACUGGUGCAACUGGCUUUUUAGCAAAAGUUCUUAUUGAGAAGAUUCUAAGGACAGAACCUGAUGUGGGAAAAAUGUAUAUCUUGAUCAAGGCAAAGAAUAAGCAAGUUGCAAUGGAGAGAUUACAAAAAGAAAUCAUAAAUACAGAACUUUUCAGAUGCCUUAGACAAAUCCAUGGAAAAUCAUACCAAGCCUUUAUGUUGAGCAAGCUAGUUCCUAUUGUAGGAGAUAUUUGUGAAACAAAUCUUGGUCUAGAUGAAGAUUUAUCUGAUGUUAUUGCAGAUGAGGUAGAUGUUAUUGUAAAUUCUGCUGCUAAUACAACAUUUGAUGAAAGAUAUGAUACUGCAAUCAACAUAAACACAAGAGGGCCAAGUCGCCUUAUGGCGAUUGCGAAAAAGUGCAAGAAACUUAAGCUCUUUCUACAUGUUUCAACAGCUUAUGUGAAUGGACAAAGGCAAGGUAGAAUAAUGGAAAGACCAUUUAGCAUUGGUGAUUGCAUAGCAAGAGAGAAACUUAUAUCUGGAGUUCCACCAAAAUAUCUUCCUACAUUGGACAUUGAAAAUGAAAUAAAUAUGGUUUUAAAGAACAAGGGUAACAACAUUGAAGAAAAUUUACUAGCUCAAAAGAUGAGGGAGAUGGGUCUAGAGAGGGCUAAAAGAUAUGGAUGGCAAGAUACUUAUGUGUUUACAAAGGCAAUGGGAGAAAUGAUGAUUGACAAAUUGAGGGAUGAUAUUCCAGUUGUUAUAAUUAGACCAAGUGUUAUUGAAAGCACUUUAAGUGAACCAUUUCCUGGGUGGAUGGAAGGAAAUAGGAUGAUGGAUCCAGUUGUUCUUUGCUAUGGUAAAGGACAGCUAACAGGUUUCUUGGUUGAUCCAAAUGGAGUCCUUGAUGUGGUUCCAGCUGACAUGGUUGUUAAUGCAACCUUAGCAGCAAUGGCAAAGCAUGGAAUGACACAAAAGGCAGAUAUCAAUGUGUACCAAAUUGCUUCAUCAGUGGUCAACCCUUUAGCCUUCCAAGACCUUACAAGGCUUCUCUAUGAACAUUACAGCUCUUCACCAUUCAUUGAUUCAAAGGGUAGGCCAAUUCAAGUUCCAAUUAUGAAGUUGUUUAGCUCCUCAGAAGAAUUCUCUGGUCACCUAUGGAGAGAUGUAAUUAACAAAAGUGGCCUAACUUCAAUGGCCUCCUCAAAGGGGAAGAUGUCUCAAAAACUUGAAAACAUCUGCAGAAAAUCAGUGGAGCAAGCGAAGUACUUGGCGAAAAUUUAUGAACCAUAUACAUUUUAUGGUGGAAGGUUUGACAACAGUAAUACACAAAGAUUGAUGGAAAUAAUGUCUGAAGAAGAAAAAACGGAGUUUGACUUUGAUGUAAAGGGUAUAGAUUGGACAGAUUAUAUCACCAAUGUCCAUAUACCAGGUUUAAGGAGAUAUGUCAUGAAGGGAAGAGGAAUGAGCAAUCAGUGAUCUUGUGCCAUGUAAUCAUUAAUUAGUUAGUCCUAUGUAUGCUGGAACAAAACUGUAAUAGAAUAUAUAUACUUCUUCUUUCCUUUGAAUCCUUUCGAGUGUGGCAACAACUACUAUACUAUUGGUAUCUUUCAUUAUCAAUAAUGUAAUUUCAUAACGAUGAUAAUAAUGAUAAUCAAAUUUCUGUAA